UCCAAAGUGACUUUUAAAAAAAUUCAGGUGCCUAUACUUGUAUAUAAAAAUUUCUGGUACCAAAAAUUAACCAGUCACACACAACCUUACUAUUCGACCUGACCAAUAGAUGCAACUCUAUUAUAUGACCUACACAUGGAUGGGUCAAGACAGAGCAUUCACACCGACAGCUAGUGUUGUGUUGGCUUGUUGUCUUUUUUUCUUUUUCUUUUUCUUUUUUUUUUUUGACAAUCUAAGGGAAAAAGGUCAGUGCCCCUGACUGGCCAGGCAUUGCAUGUUUAGGGGAUUCUUGCGGCACCCCGGCUGAAAAUCGCUGGGCUGAGGAAUUCUUUCCCUCAUCUCGCCAAUAACUCGGGUGGCUUCCUGGGGGUCUGCGUGCCACGGGCCCUCCCCCGGACCCAGCCCCCUCCCGUGGCCGGAGCACGCUCGGGAGUCCUGCAGCGUCUGCGUUUGCGGAGAAGAGGCGGUUUGCGCUCCCACAUUUCCUCACAGUGAGCUCUGUUGUGUGGUGUGAGAGGACGCACUCUAUGUCACUAAGCAAGCCAGCAAGCUGUCAGUUUCAGCUGUAAGAUGCACCCCAACGUCAGAGAUGUUAAAAUGUGGAAAAAAGAGGGAAGGUGCGCCCGGCACCAGCCACACACAGGAAUAGCACUUUCGGUGGAAAAUAAAAAACCAGGCGCUUCCCGCUGCUCCGUGCCCGCUGACCAGGAGGCAGUAAAAGCCACUGGUAUUCCCUGCCCACGCCCAUCGCGCCAGGAGCAGGCUAGGCGCCUCGUGCACCAACUCAUUUAAAGAUGCACCGAGUCCAGAGAGUUGAAAAUGUGGGGAAAUUUAGUCUUUAGGGGCAGGAGGCAGGAGGCUGGGGGUCGAGUCUGAGCUCUGCUUCUAAUGUGCUGUGUGACCCUGGGCAAGCCCCUGGCCCUCUCUGGUCUCCGUUUCCCCAGGCGUCAGGUCAGGUGCUCGGCGGCCUUCUCCAAGCUCCCUUUGGGCCGUGGCAGACUGGGUCCAGUGAGUCUGGGUUUGCCACUGUGUCUCGGUGCUGCCAGCUGCACUUGGGGCCCAGCUUCCUGUGUGGCCAGCGCCCCCUGCGUCCAGAGCCCAGUUCGAGUUCUUCCCUGGCCCGCGGCCUCCAUCCUUUUCCUGGUCUGGGAGUCACAGCUGCCCUGUCGCCCCAGCCCUGGCCUCCUGAGAAGGAGGGAGGCCUUUCCCGCCUGCGCGGUUCUCUGCCCCGGGGUGUGUGUUCUGUGGAGAGCAGACCCCGAGGGCUCGCUGGGGAGGACGGUCCUGCCCUGAGCCGGCUGAGUGGGGCGGGGCAGGGCCAGCGACAGGGCAGGGUCACCCUCUGCAUUGGUGUCCCUGUUCUGCCUCGGUUUCCCUCUCCAUCCUCUCCAGCUCUGUGUCCGGCGUCUCUCGCUCUCUCGCUCUCGCUCUGUCUUUGGGGCGGCCCCUUCUCUGUCUCACGUCUCUGUCUCUGUGACUCCCUUCCCCGAGAAGGGCCCUCCCUGAGCCUGGUCCAGAGGCCCCGACUGGGGCUGCCGGGUCCUCCUCACGGGGGCAGAGCUGCAGGCCCGGGUCUGCCCUGAUGCUGCCUCUUCUGUCUCCUGUCUGUCUGUCUGUCCGUCUGUCCCUGUGUCCCUGUGCCUGGCUGCAGCGGCCGAGCUGUGGCUACGUGCUGUGCACGGUGCUGCUCUCCCUGGCCGUGCUGCUGGCCGUGGCCGUCACCGGGGCCGUGCUCUUCCUGAAUCACACACACACGCCCGGCACGGCCCUCCCGCCCGUGGUCAGCACGGGGCCGGCGGGUGCCAACAGCGCCCUGGUCACCGUGGAGAGAGCCGACAGCUCGCGCCUCAGCAUCCUCAUCGACCCGCGCUGCCCCGACCUCGCCGACGGCUUCGCCCGCCUGGAGGGCGCCCAGGCCUCCGUGCUGCAGGCACUGACCAAGCGCCAGGCCGAGCCACAGCUGGUGGGCGAACAGGACCGGGAGCUGCUGGACACGCUGGCUGACCAGCUGCCCCGCCUGCUGGCCCGGGCCUCGGAGCUGCAGGCGGAGUGCGCGGGGCUACGGAAGAGCCACGGCGCGCUGGGCCAGGGCCUCGCUGCCCUGCAGAGCGAGCAGGCCCACCUCCUCCAGCUUCUCUCCGAGAGCCAAGGCCACAUGGCUCACCUGGUGAACUUGGUCAGUGACGUCCUUGACGCCCUGCACAGGGACCGGGGGCUGAGCCGGCCCCGAGUCAAGGCCGACCUUCAGAGGGCGCCUGCCCGGGGAUCGCGGCCCCGGGGCUGUGCCAACGGCUCUCGGCCCCGAGACUGCCUGGAUGUCCUCCUGAGCGGGCGGCAGGAGGACGGGGUUUACUCUGUGUUCCCCACGCACGACCCCGCCGGCUUCCAGGUCUACUGCGACAUGCGCACGGACGGUGGCGGCUGGACGGUGUUCCAACGGCGCGCAGACGGCUCGGUGAACUUCUUCCGCGGCUGGGAGGCCUACCGGGAUGGCUUCGGCAGGCUCACCGGGGAGCACUGGCUAGGGCUCAAGAGGCUCCACGCACUGACGGCCCAGGCGGCCUACGAGCUGCACGUGGACCUGGAGGACUUUGACAACGGCACGGCCUACGCCCACUACCGGAGCUUCGGGGUGGGCCUGCUCUCCGUGGACCCCGAGGAGGACGGGUACCCGCUCACCGUGGCCGACUACUCGGGCACGGCAGGGGACUCCCUCCUGAAGCACAGCGGCAUGCGCUUCACCACCAAGGACCGCGACAGCGACCACUCGGACAACAACUGCGCCGCCUUCUACCGCGGCGCCUGGUGGUACCGCAACUGCCACACGUCCAACCUCAACGGGCAGUACCUGCGCGGCGCGCACGCCUCCUACGCCGACGGCGUCGAGUGGUCCUCCUGGACCGGCUGGCAGUACUCGCUCAAGUUCUCCGAGAUG